AACGUUUGACGAGUUAACAACAAUACGACGCGAAGUUUUUGUCUCCGGUUACCGGUCUCUUGGCUACCGAAGUGCAAUAGAAGUGUAGCAACAACAAUAACAAUUGCACCAUAUACAACCAUAAAAGCAAAUCAAAUGAAAUAAAAUAAUAGAGCCCGUUUUUUGGAUGCCGCGUCGCUUACGGUUGUGUUUUCCUUCUGUGUUUACAUUUUAUGUUUCGUUUCCAUUUCGUUUCGUUUGCCUAAAAUGAAGUGUUCUUUAGUAAAUAAUGACAAGUAUUUUUGGGGACAAUUCCACAUGUUGUCAUUUCUCUUAGAUGGAAAUAUGUUGGACACUUGAUCUUGCAAACAUUUCACAUCUGUUUGGAUUUAUAUUUUUUUGUGGGGAAAACGGCAACGGUUUCUCGUACAUACAAAAGAAAGUCGUCGUCGCUCGUCACCGUCGUUGUUGUCGUCGUCGUCGCCUGGUGAAAAGUGAAUGGGGUGAUAUCUGAACAAUUUUUUCUCCAACAAAAAAUUGAAUCAUGUAAAACUUCUGCAAACUUUGAUAAGCCACACAAAGACAAAUACCAAAAAAUCAUAAAAAAGUCUUCCUUAAAAAUACGAAAAUUAGUGCCUUACAAAAGAAAUAAUCCUACAAAGUCCUAUCUACAAAACUAAAACAACCUACACCACAACCACCAAAAAAAAAAUACUCACAAACAACUCUCCACAACAAAUCAUGUCAUCAAGUCAACCCGCCAGCCAACCAGAUAGCAUUGAUUUGGCCUAUGAUAUGUGGGCCGGCCAGUUUGAGUUUGUCGGACCAACAGCAACAACAGCCAUCAAUAAAUCACAAAAAUCAUCGCUUAACAAUAAUAUCCUGACCUUCGGUGACAAGUCCUCGCCCCACAAACAGUCCACGGAGAGUCUCGAGGAUUUAAAUCUCAACUUUAAUGCACCCCACAAUCACAACAACCCCCACCAGCAAUACAGCCCCUACUCAUCCCAGUCUAUGACCAAUUCGGCCUAUUCGCUGGGCUGCAGUGGCUACGAAACGGAUUAUGGCAAACAGCCCAUUCUGAUCGAUCAAGAGACAUUUUUGAGUUUAAAUCCGGCGGAUUUUGAAGAUAUUGUGCCAUCGAAUUCGGGACCGAAUUCAUUGAUUUUCAUCGAUAAUAAAUUGGUGGACGCCGAAUACAAUAAUAACAAUAACAACAACAAUAAAUUAAUUAAUUUAGAAAGUUUAACCAACAAAAGUAACAACAAAACCAACAACACCAAUACCAACGGUUUUAAAUUGGAAAAUCUAAAGAAUUUUAAAAAUAAAUUGAUUUGUGAUUACGAAGAGAAAUCGGAAAAUAACAACAACAACAAUCAUCACAACAAAAUGAAUGGUCUAAGUCUGGAGGUGUGCGAAAAUCUCAAUGAGCAACUGCAAAUCUUGCAACAGCAAGUCACUGAUCUGGCCGAUACUCAAGUCAUAGCAGAAGAUCGUACCACACGCACAAGAACCGAAUAUGCUGUGCUGCAGGCCCGAUAUGAUAUGCUCGAAGAGCAGCUUAGAGAAACCGAACUACGUGCCGAGGAACGCCUGGCGGAGGAACAAAAACGCAAUCGAGAACUAUUGGCCCGUGCCGAACGUGAAGCCUCUUUGCAAAAUGAAAAUUGUCAAAUAAAAAUCAAAACAAUUGAAAUCGAAGCGAAUGCUUUGCGUGAAGAGAAUCAACGUUUGCGUGUUCUCUGCGAUAAACAAGCCAGUGAUUUACAUCGUACCGAGGAGAAAUUGGAAUUGGCCCGAGAUCGUAUUGCCGGGCUACAGCAAGACUUGGAUGAGGCUCUGCAAAAGGAGCGUAAAUAUGAAGAGGAAAAGAAAACAUCCGAGGAAUUGAUGUUGGAAUUGAGCAAAGAAUUGGAACGCUUGAGGGCCGAAACGGGCCCGGCAAUGCCCACAACAUCACCCGAGGCCAUAAGACUGGAGGAGUUGCAUCAAGAGUUGGAAGAGAUGAGACAAAGGAAUAAGGGUUUGGAAGAACAAAACGAAGAACUACAGGCUGCUGUCUUAACACGAGGCGUUGAAGAGGGUCGCCAUCUAUUGAAUGGCACAUUAAAUAGUUUGGCUCAAGAACUCGAAGAAAUGUCACAAGCACAGGAUUCUGUGGAUUCAGCCACAUUAGCAUCCUUAAGUCAGUUACAACAAGCCUUCCAAGAAAAAGAGGAAGAAAACACCCGCCUUAAACACUACAUCGAUACCAUACUUUUGAAUAUUGUGGAGAAAUGUCCCCAACUAUUGGAAGUGAAAGCCAUAAACAACAAUAACAAUAAUAAAAAAUAAUAUCUACAACACAAUCAAGGCCAAUUAUAUUUAAAAAGAAAUUAAUUUUUAUUAAUAUUAUUUUUUUAAAAAGAACAAAAAAUAAAAUGUAAUUAUACAAAUUAAUAAAACAAAGAAAAAUAUAAGAAAAUGUCAAAUAAAUUUUAUGAUUUUUCAAUAGAUUGUAAGUUUAGUUAACAAACCCCCCAAAACCCCUUCUAUACACAACUAUUAAAAUAAUAACUCACUCACUUAAUAAUUAUACAAACAAAAAUAAAAAUUAGUAAUUUAAGUUAAAUUAUAUAAUUAUAUACAAAACAAACACAAUGGCAUGUAAUCCAUAAUCUCUCUAAUAUAACCUUAAAGAACAACAAAAUUUUAGUAUAGUUUAAAAAAAAUCAAAAAGUUUUUAUAAUAUAAUUAUUUUGUUUUUGUAAAAAGUCUCUUUUUUAGAAAAAUCAAUUUUUCCAAAAUUUUUCCUUUUUAGAUGUUUGUUAAAUGUUAAUAAGUUUUCAUUCUUCCUUCCUAUAUUUUUUUUUGUUUGUAACAAAAUUUUGAGCUGUUUAUUUUCCUCUUGCUUUUGUAAACAAGUUUUUUUUUAACAUUAGUUUAUAAACAAAAUUGGUUUAAACCAAAA